GCAGUUCGAUAUUAAGGGUUUUCGGGGCUCUGAUUAAUUUUUUUUUUGAUUUGCUUGCGUGUAUCGCAAAUUGUCAAUUAGACAACGAUUAAAAGUUUGAAAAUAUCGCGUGUUUGCGUGUACAGAAGUGUUAAUUCUAUUGAGUUAAGCAUUAAUUUGAUUUGAUUCAAUUCGAUAGAAUACACUGUUUGAGAUCAGUUUUAUUUUUCGUUGUGAGCAAGUGUUUAAAGAAAAUCCGUCAAAAUUCAGCGAUACGUGAGUGAGGUUUUAUCCAUUUAUCUGAAGUUUGCUUUCCUCGCUAUCUUCUUAUUCUACUUCAUAAAAUGGUACAUUUGGUAUUUUGAGCCGAAAGAUUCGGCUUUGGAUUAACGAGAUCACACACACACACCCGCCAUCUAUCCAGCUCGAACGACGGGUCUUCUGUGAACACAUAAACAAAAAGGUUAUAUCCGAUUCAUUUUUUUUAUUUUCUUCACUUCGGUGCUUGUGAAACGGAAAUCAAACAGAUACACUUUAAAAUCAAACCAAGAUUGAAUGGUGUCCCCUAUUGAAGAUACACGUGGAUGAAUAAAAAAUAUUGGGAAAUGAGAAGUGACAUGCGAUGGCUGUUAUUAUUAACAGCCAUAAUCGGAAUCGUAGGAUGUGCUGAUGCACUUAAAGCAACUUCAUUGAUAUUCGGUAGAUCAAAUGCAAAUAAAACAACAGCCUCCACAACAACGACGACCACAUCGACAACGGUGACCACAAUCGAUGCAGAUUCAUUAAACGAUGAUGAGAAAAAAGAUGAUGGUGAACCAACCGAGGAAGAAGCGACCAAACCACCAUUAACCGGAAUACCACAGAUUGAUUACAUUUGGGAUCCAAACUUACCAAGAGAACUCAAUGGAUACAAUCUGUCAACGUAUCCGUUCUUGAACUCCGUUCCCGACAGUGAUGACAUUGAUUUCAAGUGUGAUGGUCUGCACGACGGUUUCUAUGCUUCCAUCAAAUAUAGUUGUCAACUUUAUCAUCAUUGUGUUUAUGGGAUUCGUCACGAUUUCUUAUGUGCCAACUUUACUGCUUUCGAUCAAAAAUCAUUCAUCUGUCACUUUGUCUCAGAGGUGAAUUGUAAAGCAUCUGCCAAAUAUUGGUUUAGAAAUGAUGCUUUGUACAAGGCGACAACAACUACAUCGACCACAACAACAACCAUUGCGCCGCCAUCAACAACAAGCCAAGCACCUGAACGACGUCGACCUGAAGCAAGACGACCAACUCGUAGAAGGCGACCACAACAUGAAUACUACUAUGAUGACGAAGACUAUGACGAUGAUUACGUUGAGGAGAGAAUGAACCGGAGACGCAAAGCAAAUCGAAAUCGAAAUCGUCGACCAUCGGAGUAUGAUGAUGAAUAUGAUAACCCACCUCGAGCCAACUAUAAAGAUGAUGAGGAUGAUUAUUCGUAUGAACAGCGUUCAUCGUAUCGUCAUCGAAAUCGUGAUGAUGAUUUUGAAUACGAUCGACGAAGCUAUCGGAAUCGAAAGCGACCGAAUGAAAAUAAACGUCAUUAUGACGAUGAUCGGCGUACCGAUGAUAUCGAAGAGCGUCGACCACAUUCAGAUAAUCGAAAACAUCCUCAUGAUCCAGCCGAAAGUGGUAAACGCAAAUUCAAUGAUCGCCGUACAUCACUGAAUGAUGAUCGAAAGACAUACAACAAUGAUGAAAAGAAUUCGUAUGACGAUCGACGUUCGUUGAGCGAAGAUGAUCGUGGUCAUUUAGACGAUAGACGAUCAACACAUGAUGAACGUCGAAAAAUGAAUGAUGAACGUCGUACAACGUCGGUUGAUGAUGAUCGUAGAAGUUCAGUGGAUGAAGGUAGACGAAAUACGCAUGAUAAACGACGACCAAAUUCGGAUCGAUCUAGACCACAAUACGAUGAUGAAUAUGAAGACUAUCCGAAAAAACAAAAUCCACGUGAAGAUGACUAUGAUGAUCGAUCAUAUAAGCGGCCGUUGCACGAUAACAAAUCGGAAAUUGUGCCAAAAGUACGAUCUUCAAGUGCAGCUGCAUCGAUAUUCAAUCGACCGCGUACACCACCGAAAAUCAAUCGACCCGUUCCAACAAAUGAACGGAAAAAAUACGAAUAUGUACCACAAAAAUCCACCGACAAAUCAACAGUGACCACACCAAUAGCCGACGAUGAAAUCUACGAUGAUUAUGACUAUGAAGCGGAAAAAGCGCAAAUUGAUAUAAAACAUAAAACGGCCGAUAUGAAAAAGAGCAAUCCGGCUCCUUCUAGUCAACGUGAUCAACGGCCAUCUACACCGCUCAAACAAGAAAAACUUCCAACAAACUUCAACACCGAUGAAUUGGAAGAUGUAGAGUUCGAUGUCAAAGAAAAAGUAACAUCAAUCAAACCACAACGUUCAACAUUACCAAAAGUUGAGGCAAUGCAACACCAACACCAACACCAACAACCACAAUCACAAUUGCAACAUCAAUCGCAGCGUCCAAUCAAAACGCAGGAAUAUUAUGAAAAACCAAAAGAAGUUACGGUCAAAUCGAAUGUAAGACCCGCAUUGGAUUUCAAUAAAGAUGAAUAUAUUCCCGAUUCAGAUUUGGCCGAUUAUCCGGACGAAGAGAUCGACGAUAGAUCAACAAAAGUUGAAGAUGUUCGACAACAACCCGAAACGAUACCAACACGAACUGAUUUUCGGUCAAAUGUACCAGUACAAGAGCAUCAAGAAAUGAUAAAACCAUUACAUCAAGAUGAUGUUCAAACGAAAAUUCCAUACUCACCACCACAAUCGCAACAAGAUUUACAAUUCAAAACCAAAUUUCAUCGUUUAUCGAAUGUUCGAACGGCCGAUGAUACCUUCCGAAAAUCAAACACUGAACCAGAAGAACGAGAUGUCUACACCAUUUUGCCGAAAGAUACAAUUUCAAUGAUUCGUGAACCAUCUGGCUUCAAACCGGUUAGCUAUAAUGAUGAACCGCAUAAUUUUGAUUUGGAUACAACGGUGGUCACAAAAACACGACCAUAUGUACGUGUUAUGAAACGACCAUUUUUGCCAAGCCGUGGCGGUAGCCCAUAUUUACCGCGUGGACUAAAAGCAGUUGGAGCUGGCUUCACAACAUCUGAUUAUACAACCGAAAGUGCACAAAUUCAUGGUACACCAAAAUCGGCGCAAGCAGCAGCUAUUGGUAAUGUACAAUUAUACGGUGGCCAUCAAUUACCAAUAUCACGUACAAAUAACGCCCCUUAUGGUGUCGGACAUCAGCCACAACAAAUGCAUCCAUCGAGCAUUGCAAAUGAUUUACGAACAACAACACAACAACCACAAAUCGAAUCGCCACGCAGUCCGCUUGAUGAAAUUUUCAACAGUGAAAAUGACUAUGAUGUGACAUUGAAUGAUGCUUUGAAUCCAACAUUGAAGCCACUGAGCCAUGAAUCACCGAUUGGAUUUUCUCUAAACAAAUACGAUCGCGCCAAUCCAUAUGCACGUUCUGAUGUAUCACAUGCACCAUCGCAAUAUCGAUCAACUGCCAUUCCCAUUCGACAAGCACCGCAAACAAUGCAACAACAACACCAGCAUCAGCAACAACCAUUGCCACAACCACAGCCACAACAACAAAAUCAACAACCACAACAGCGACCGCCUCAACAAUCUCAAUACUAUGAUGAUGAAUACGAAUAUUAGGUGACAAUCAAAAAAAUAAACAUAAAAAUAGAUCCAAACGUAUGAACAAAAGAAAUAAAGCGAACGAACAAACAAACAAAAAAUCUUUCAAAACAAAGCAAUUUUAAUUUAUGUUUUAGGAUUUAAAAAAUGGAUUUGAAAUUUGUUAGAAACAAAAAUCAAAAGUAGAAAAAAAAAACAAUGAAGCGACUAAAUCCAUAUGAUUAAAUCAAAAUGCGAAAUCAAUUAGAGAGAUAAAGAGAGAGAACAGCAUAGGAGUAUUUUUCACACUAAAAAAGCCGUUGUCCCGUCCGUUUGUGUAAAUAUUUUUUAAGACAAUUUCAAAGCGUGAACGAGAACGAAAGAUAGAAAGAGAGGGGAUUUUUUUUUUAAAACAAUACUCAACCAAGGUGAUAAACGAUGUAUCGUAAAUCGUAUGUAAUAAUAUUUUUUUUGUUUUAAAUUUGCGGUGCAAUUUGUUAGUGCGAAAGAGAUACGUCGAAUGAUCGCAUAAAGAGUAAAAAAAAAAAAA